AUGGACCUUCAGAAGCUCUUCCAUGUUGCAUAUAUCCUUAUCAAAUUUGCAAAUUCUCCUCGCCCAGAUCUCUGGGUGUUGGAAAGAUCAGUGGAUUUUGGAGGAACCUACAUACCUUGGCAGUAUUUUGCUCAUUCAAAAGCAGACUGUUUGGAACGUUUUGGAAAGGAAGCCAACGCUCCUAUUAGGAGGGAUGAUGAUGUCCUUUGCACUACGGAGUAUUCUCGGAUUGUACCUCUUGAAAAUGGGGAGAUUGUGGUGUCCUUGAUAAACGGCCGUCCAGGAGCAAAAAACUUCACUUACUCUCCCACUCUUAGAGAAUUUACCAAGGCAACACACAUCCGCUUGCAUUUUCUUAGAACCAAUACACUUCUUGGACAUUUGAUAUCCAAAGCUCAACAAGACCCCACCGUUACCCGCAGAUAUUAUUACAGCAUAAAAGACAUCAGUGUGGGUGGACAAUGUGUUUGCUAUGGUCAUGCUGAAGAAUGUGAUGCGAAAAAUGUUGAAAACUUGUAUCAGUUUCAGUGUCAAUGCCAGCACAACACGUGCGGGGAAACCUGCAAUCGCUGCUGCCCAGGAUACAAUCAGAAACAGUGGCAACCUGCAACAGCUGACAACACAAAUGAAUGUGAAUCUUGCAACUGUCACGGACAUGCCACUGAUUGUUACUAUGAUCCUGAUGUUGAUCGACACAAAGGAAGCUUAAACAUUUAUGGGCAGUAUGAAGGUGGAGGGGUCUGCAUUAACUGCCAGCAUAACACAGCUGGUAUUAACUGUGAGCAAUGUGCAAAGGGUUACUAUCAUCCCUAUGGCAUCCCAGUAGAAGCCCCUAAUGGCUGCAUACGAGAAUGUGUCCUUCUGCCAGAAUCUGGGGCCCUAAAAAGGUUAAUUGCUUCAGACAGAGGCAGAUAGAUGAAGGUUUCAACCCAUAUGGACAGGAAGUAGUGGCUUCCAAAGAGCAGUAAUUUUGAAGUAGUUAGGGAAGGCACAGCUGCUGUGAAUUAAGUUAUCUGUAAGUCUUAAUAAUGCUUGGCUACUUUUCAUGGCUGUUAUAAAAUAUUUAUAUAGCACUUUCAAGGUGUG